UCGCCGAGGUGGUGUCGUGUUUCGUUUCCUUUGUCGAUCGUCGCGUGGCUUCACCACCCCUUCCCGAUUUUAUAUGUAUCUCGCGGCGGUGCCCACCCUGAUCCGCGACGAUCGGACCGACUAGUCUCGCGCGAGCCAGUGGUGUGUGCCCUAAGUGCAAUAGAUUAAGAGCGGGAUUUCACGCAAUCGUGCGUCCCCUUGGAUACGUACGAGAUUAUGGAUUGGGCAGUAAAGGCGCGCAGAACGUAUAAAGCGAAUCGUUGCGUGAGCGGGGGCGGGAGCCGCGGAAACGGUGCAACCGGUGCGACCGGGGCAACUGGAGCGACCGGAGGCGGAGGGCUCGGCAGCGGAGCAGCGGUCGCGGGCCGCGGCUGGGCCGGGGGAGGGUGCGGCGGCGGCGGCGGCGGCGGCGGCGGAGGCGGCGGCGGGGGCGGCGGCGGCAGCCCCGGCAGGGGCGUACUAGACGGGGGGGCGCCACCACCGACCACCGGCCAUCACCACCACCACCACCAUCACCACCACCAUACCACCACCACCACUACCACCACCAGGCACUACAGGCACAAGCUGCCGGCGGGGAAGCAGUGCACCGAGCACCGGCAUCACCCCCACCACCACCGGCAUCACGUUCACCAUCGCUCCCACCACCGUGGCAUGAACAUGGGCCAAAAGAUUUCAGGAGGCGUGAAGAGCGUGACGCGCGAAAGCGGCGCUGGCACCGGCGGUGGCGUCGGUGUCGGGGGUGGAGGCGCCGUCACGUACAAACCCGUCGUCCCCAGGGAACUGGCCCAGGACUUUUCAAGGCCUGCGCGUCUCGAUGUGCUCCUCGACAUGCCAUCAGUCUCCAGGGAGACUCAGGUCCACCACAGCUGGAACGCCGACGACCGGAGUCUCAACAUAUUCGUCAAGGAUGACGACAAACUGACCUUCCAUCGACACCCAGUCGCACAAAGUACGGACUGCAUAAGAGGGAAGGUGGGAUACACGAAGGGCAUGCAUGUCUGGGAACUGCAUUGGAGCACAAGGCAACGAGGCACCCAUGCAGUGGUUGGCGUCGCGACAGCCAACGCCCCAUUGCAUAGUGUUGGGUACCAGAGUUUAGUGGGCAACAACGAGCUUAGCUGGGGAUGGGACCUGGGAAGGAACAAGCUCUACCACGACUCGAAGAACAACAAUGGCGUCACGUACCCCGCCUUGCUGAAGCCCGACGAGACGUUUAUCGUUCCUGAUAAGUUCUUAGUGGUACUGGACAUGGACGAGGGCACGUUAUCCUUCGUGGUGGAUGGCCAGUACCUGGGAAUAGCGUUUAGAGGCCUGAAGGGGAGGAAGCUGCAUCCCAUCGUCUCCGCAGUCUGGGGACACUGCGAGAUCACGAUGAAGUACAUCGGCGGCCUUGAUCCCGAGCCUCUACCCCUGAUGGAUCUCUGUCGAAGAGUGAUCCGACAGCGGAUCGGCAAGCACCGACUAGAGGAGAAGAUCAACGAGUUGAACCUGCCCCAGGCGAUGAAGACUUAUCUCCUCUACCGGGACAGGAGGUAACCACAGGGUGCCACCGAUGAAGAUUCAGCGUUAACGAUCACGACUACGACUAAGACCACCACGCGAUAUCGAUUACUAUCUGAACGCACAGGGGACCGCCCGACAACCCCUUCGCACGCGAUUGACCACAGCCCACUGAUAGCCGCGUGUCUCCACGGAGGAAGCGAAACGCGACGCGUUGACACGUUCAACGACAGAAGCUAGAGAGCCGAGCAAGUAGAUAGGAUUCCAGGUUAAAAGAGGGAAACGAGGGAAUAGAGAGCAGGCAAGCAGCGAGGGAGUGCGACAACUCGGUCGUCGAGGCCUCAGUCGUUCGUCCGUGCGAAAGGCCGGGUCGGACAGGUCGAGACGAAGAGUUCGAAGCCGUCCUGAAGAGCCGUCAGUCGUUGCCACUGACGGCCACGUCGAGCGAAUCGCGAAUUAGACCCUGGCGAGGGUCGACACCGACCCUGACGGGACGCGUUGGGGAACGUCAAUGAGGAGAGCGAGGCGACGAGUCGAACGACUGGCUCGACGAGGCAGGGACCUAGCGAAUUAUUAGGUGAUAUUGUUGUUUUAUGUUGUCUAUGCGAUUAAAAUCGUAGAGCGUUUAUUGAUUGUUAUAUUGCACCGUUCGCGCGGCGGUUGGUAGCCUUGCGCAUCAAGCGGACCCGCGGUAUUUCUUUUCCUUUUUAGUUUCUGCGUUGUUCGAGCGCUCUCGAGCGAGGCCAAUGUGAGGUUAGGUGAGAGAAGGGAAGUAGAGAGAUGGAGUAACGGUCGAGGAAUAGGAUGAAGGGAGACACGUGGCUCGGGGUCCAGGAUCCGGACACUCUCGAGGGCCUCGCCGAUGAAAAGUCAGACUUGGGCGACCCUGGAGGACUUAGUCAUUGGUCACUUCGUGCUCUGAGCUCAUCCGGAGAGCUGCGAACGGGGAGCGGGCUUGCUCUAGUCCGACCUCGACGAAGGGAACACAAAAGACGACGACUGCACCGACGACGAUGACGAGGACGAAGAGGAACCGCGACGCCGACUGUCGCGCAAGGACUCCAACGCCCAGGACCGUGGAUGUGUCAGAUGACGGAAGCAGCCGAACAGCCACCUUUCACGGAUUCAUUUUUUCCAAGUAUUUUUUAAGUGCGAUAGGUCUAAAGAAGUAAUUAGUGGUGCGCGUGUAUCGUGAUCUAGGAUGGAAGAAACGGAAAAAGGAGAGGAAGAGUACGUCGCGGUACUGCGAGUGGCACGCGGUAUUCGAGCAAUUGUGUAAGAUUAAUUAGACGAACCGAUAAUAUAGAAGGCGGUCCAGCCCUUUCGCCGUCAGGCCCGGAAUGGGAUGGACUCGACGAGGAGGGAACGUCUCGAUAAGACCAGAGGAUCCGGAAGUGCGCACCGAGGUUAAAAUGCUGACGUAGGGGGAAAAGAUUACCUUGGCUAAGUAAUAAUGUUAAUCGGAGGAGAGACACGCCUACUACUACUGCUAUUACUGCUGCUAGGCGGACAUGUAAGCGACUCAGCACACGGGCAUUGACAGGAUAUUCCAAACACGAAUUAAAACUGUCAUCGAUCGAGAGCCGCGCUACUCUCCGUGUAAUCCGACGACGGCGCCGAUUGUCGGGCGUGUAACUACUACUACUAUUAGCAUGACAACUUAUGACUGGUCCCUAGUAACUUUAACUCUUGCGUUUGUCCCUUCUGUCGACACGCCGUCGCGCCAUUCGAUUUGUACAUAAUACUACAUUAAUAUGCCGUCGACGAGUGUCCUUGCGCGGUGAUCUCGCGAUACUCUCAGGUCGGUGGACGGCCACGAGCGAUACGUCCGAGCCUUCGGAUUUAAUCGCACGUCGGGAUGCUUACGGUGCUCGACAUGUCGAGCCUUCUCGACCUAUCCUCCUCCGUGCUCUCCGGCUUCUAAAGGCGAGCAACUUCGAAAAAUUAGUCGGCGUCCGACGUGUCUUCCAAAUUACUCGGUUUGCGUCGAGGCGCGCUUCACGUUUAUGCGUGAAUCUAAUUGUUGAAUCUGUUCCUAGACCGAAUCGUAAUCUCGCUGAUACAAAACUUGUAAUCUUGCACGAAUGGCUGCAUACAUACCAUACUCACUGAACAACUUGAACCAUUUUGUCAUCACCGAAAAUUCGCUUCAAUGAUACAUGAUAUCACAUGAGUAUGUACCUAACGACAUCCAAAGGACAUUUUUCUGUCUCAUGGUCCAUUGUUUAUGCUGGAAGCGCAUUUAUUUAAAGCGAUGGACAGUGCUCCUGAAAUCGCAUUAAGCGCAGGUGAAUUAAAAUUUACGGGAAUGUGUGGUCACUUGAGACCUAUUGUGUAUGUUUUGUGACAUUAGCGAGAGGACGGAAACGUUAAAGAACAGCGAUUGUAACUGAAAUGUCGCCAUGUCCGCCCGCGCAACCGGAUCCCCUUCCCCGUUUCGACGACGUGUACCGACAAGAGUGAAAACGAAAGAAGCACGUUCGAAAAGCUCUGGUACUUCUCGGCCCUUAACGAGAGGGCCUGGUCGAGGAGAGAGCGAGUCGAGGAGGGAGCGAGUCGAAGAGGGAGCGAGUCGAGGAGGUCGUUGGGGCGAGGCUCGAGCACCAUGCCCUCCCGUCCACGUUAGACCACUCAUAAUUUGUCGUAUUUUAUAGAAUUAUACGAAGCCUCCGAGCCUCGUCAUUCAUCCUGGACGAGCGUGAGCGUCCCGUAUUCACAGGCUCGCCUUGUCCGCGAUGAAGGGCCGAGAGGAGCGCGAGCCUAAAAGCAACAAAGCGCAUAAUAGUAUAAAUUCUAGGUUACACCCAGAGAAAGAGAGGGAGGGAGAGAGAAAAUGGGAGAGAGCAAGUGAGCGAGUGAAAGCGAGCGAAAGAAAGAGAGAAACCACGAGAGCGGACGUACCGCAUGUCCAGCUCGGUGCAUAGAGAACAGACGACGCGCGGCCACGUGCGUUUGACAGCGCAACGGAUGAGGCCCCUGCCCGGUGCGCGCAUGCGCACUUACCCUAGCGCGCUGUUAUCGCGACACUAUUUUAUAAAAUCUAGGGCGCACGUCGCAUCGCGAGAAUCGAGGACAGGACAAAUAGAGUUAGAAUAUUGUACAUAUUAUUAUUGUAUUAAUAUUAUUAUAUCAAUUGAUAGUUUAAUUAAUUAAGCGAUUAUCGUGUUAGUCGGCAUAAUGUGGAUUCAUUUUAUAUGGUAGGUUCGCGACGCGCCGGGUGAUACCGGCGCGAAUGUGAGUAUUUUCACUUGCGGAAAGAAAGCGCAAGAUGGCGGCGGGUGGACGCUUGCCGCGCAGCUUGUAAGACACCUAUAGACGAAUGUGAAUCACGAGGACAAGAGAAAAAGAAAGAAUUACGGACGCGCCCAACGGUCCAACGUAGGGUCCAGGGCCGCGCGCGCUCUUCCUAUAAUUUUAAACGCCUCGAUGAGUAAACCAAUAAACUAAUAAUGAAAGAAAUAAACAUGGAAACGAACUCGUGUUUUUAUACAUACAUUCGACGGUGCACUCGAGUCUCUCUUUAUUUGUCGCUCUUCCCUGAUUUUUCUCACGCUUUCUUUCUGCUUCACUUCAUCCCGCUUCGUUCUCUUUUUUUUUAUCCCCUUGGUAAGAACACGGCGCGUGUUCGCCCAUUAAUUUUCGCUCACGGCGUAACACCCUCGCUUGUUUAAACCUUGCUCCGUAUUCAUAUAUUCCGACGCUCAAGAUACAUCUAAAAAAACGUCUACAAACUGCGCAUGCGGUAGAAGGUAUUCAGGUGGCGAUUCAAGUUGUAAUAACCGAGACACUGAAUUAUGAGAAAAUGAAAGUAACUCUGCUUCUAACGUCGCAUUGACACCGAGUUUAAUUCCUACUAUUAUAUGAUUAUUGUAUCGAAAUCUUUGUUAAGUGACACAAUUGGCCUUUUAGUUGUCGGAAUUAUUCCUUUCUAUGCCUUAACGUUAGUUGCGUGUUUCGAUCUACGUUGUCCAUCUUUGUUGCCGAAUCUUGUAUGUCUCUUGAACGCGAAUCUGGAACCAGGUCGGAAAAUGACACUAAUAUUGAGAUUAAGGAUCACUUCCGAGGACUAAAGUCAUAAAGUCACUUGACAAUGGCGAUUGGAAACCGACCCUUGCGUGGGUACUUAUGGCAUAAUUGGCAUUGCAUUUUAACGAGUUAUUGACAGCGCAUCGUCUCUCUCGCUCUUCCGGCUCAAUAAUGAAGAGUCGACUCGAGAGGCGAAGAACUCAUUUGUCCUCGUCGCUCUCUCUUCUCGCUGUGAUCCUUUCUUUCUCUCUUUUCACCCAAAAAUGGCUGCGGAGGGGCGUCGGUCAGGGUCGGCGAUUUUGACACGAGAUCGCUAAAGGAACUGUGCCAUUUUUUUAAUAAGCGGUGUCUGAUAAAACGACCGAUCGGGCGAGCCGGCUCGGCUGAAAAAAAAAUCUACUCGCGCGUGUCACUCGCUUCGCUUUCAAGGCUCGCUCGAACGACUCGCUCGGUUCGGCACUCGACCCGCGCGAUAUUGUUUCUGGGCCGUGUGUACAUAGUAAUACUUUUGUAACGAUAAUCUAAUUACUAAAUGAGAGUGCUAAGAAAGUGAAGAUUAAAAAUCGCAGCGUGCGACAUUACGAAGUGAGAACAGAAACGGUGGGAAGUAGGGAGCGGCGAAAUUAGGUAUUAUGUGUCUUGCGAAUCGCGAAUUCGUCAGCAUGCUCUUAUUCGGUGCUAAUUUCAUUUCUUUCGAUUAAAAGAAAAAAGGAAAAAAAAAAGAAGUGCAUAAUACAUUACGGGAUCUUGACCUCACUUUUGGCAGUUCGUAAGUAGCGAAUUAAUUAGAUAAACGUUAAAAGAUAAAAAAGAAUUGAUCGUGACACUUGUACACUUUUCCAAUUUGUAAGGCAGUUCUACCAAAAUUCGCAGAUUUCGAAAUGUCAAAUAAUCAAGACCCCCUUAACUCUUUCAUGCAUGGUGACCACUUAUGGGGGCAUUUGCAUGAGGGGGUUGAUAACACCAUUUUCGACACGAUUAGUGUAUAUUAUGGGAGUGAUCAUUCAGCUUCGCAUGGCGUAUCUUAGUUGCGUUUUUCAAUCACGUGUGACAUCACGUUGUUAAUUCGUUUUUCUUUAACGGUACCGAUUUUGAUUAAGUCAACGGACGAAUUCUUUCCGUUUCCAGAACUGCGCUAGUGCUAAAUUUAAUUUCUGUACGCGGGCACAAAUUAAUUUGUGCGUAUACACGCGAUGAGAAUUACUGUACAAUGUGUGUGAAAAUGGAGGAUCAUAUUUUUAUUUUGGUCGCUGUCGGACAUCUUGAGUUUAUUUGAAUCACUGACGAAUCAUUUCGCUUUGACGAAUGAGGAAAAGUUUUCUUUGCGUUUUACCCGUGUCGACGUCGAUUUUUAUAUCGUUUUCGUUUAAUGUGCCCGACGAGUAGGACUGCCGCGGACUCAUCGUUGCAUGUUGCUUUCAUUUAUCGUAGAGUCCUUGAUUUUUAUUUUAUCCUUUUUUUUUCUCUGAGUCCUUAAGGUGUUAUGAAAGUGGCAUCAAUCAAAGAGGUCUUGUUCGUGAAGCUUUUCUCCUAACUGGGUGUACCGAAUCGUUUAAAAGUUUACAACGUGGAUGUGGGGGCUAUGAAGAAGAUCCUGGCACUCGUGAAAUUCUAAUGUUUUGAAAAUUUGUUCAUAGAUAUUUUCAAAACUUUUUAUAGAAAAUAAAAUUUCAUGGGCGUGGGGACUUUCUUUAUAGUCUCCAUGUUCACGGUUUAAAAUUUGAAACUAUUCGGUACACCCACUUCGAAUAAAACUUUCCCGAACGAUUCAUCUCUCAGAUGUCACUUUCAUAUCACCUUAAAAGAUACGCAAAACCCAUCCGAGGUGCGCAUCGAACAUUUUGUGACGAUCAGCGUCAACGGGUUUAGUCAAACUGCCUGCCCACCUGCCUGUAAACUACAUUGCCUCGACAAAUAUGUCUAAUUUAUUGAUGAUAUGACACAGUUACGGACGAUUUUACCUGCAAGUGAAUGCGAGAGUUACUCCGAGAAUAAAUGCGCGCUUCGGUGUUGGACGAGCCAUAAAAGAGACUACAAACGUGAGUCAAAAGUCGAUCAGAAGGACAACUCUAAUCAAGACAUUAAGGGAACCGAUAAUUUUAUUUCAGAUACGUUGCAUUUCCUCUCUAAUUUCGAGUUUACUCUGGAAUUAUGCAUGUCCCUUUCCGUCACAAGAUUAUUUUACGCUAUUUCACUUCGGUCUAUAGCCUAAACUGCUUGUGCAUGCAAUGAAUAGGGGAACGUCUCAAGAGUGCAGUCUAGACUCGAUUUUAGGACAUAUAUUUCUGAAUUUUACAGGAAUAGGUUCAGAGGAAGAUUUUUGCACUAAUUUAGUCAUUAGUUGGCAGUAUUUUUCCGGAAUAUUUUCCAUGCGCUUGCAUUUCUUUUUUUCAUCUUUUGAUCGUACUCUUGACUCACGUUGUAGCCCAUGAUAAGAGCGAGCUUCUUUGCCCCUUUGACAAGCGUUCCUCGGGCGUGUUCGCGUCGCUUAAAAAGGAAAUCUUGCGAGUCCUGGAGAAACCAAUCUACAAGGACAUUUUCGCCAAAACGGCCUUGUCUUAAUAUGGACUCAUUGUGUCAUUGUCGGUGUCGAAAAACGGUGAAUGUUUCGAAGUAACCCAGAGGGGAAAGAGCCGGUCAUGUCCUUCCCCGGCCGCGCCAUGUCCACCGUGUACAUGUAUUUUACAUUUAUUUCUUUUGCGUUAAGCCUGGACUAUUGCAACGAGCGAUCUCACGUCUUUUAGGCAUGUAAGGUUUGUAAGUUUAGCGUGGUAAACUGCUGUAUAGUGGCGAGUGACGAAGAUUCUAUUGAUAUUGUAAUGCCUUAAUGUUAACGAUUACGAUGAUAGCGCUAUUUUAGUUGAACGCCUCGGUACACCCAAUUAAUCUCGUUUUACCCCCUCUGCUCCAUGAUUUGAUAAGACCUCCAUUUCUUUUUGUACAUUUCGAAGUGUCUUGACAUUAUCGACGGAGACGACGACUGCGAAGCUAAAUGCGACGACGAUAACGAUGACGACGACGAGAGUGAACGUGUAUAGAGCGGAAUGCUGUCUCAAAAAUAGUUCAGGCUGGAUGUCGAUGUUUGUAGCGAAUAAACAAAAAAAAACACACAGCAUAUUGUAAUUAAAAUUGAAAAUCAUUAAUACGCAGGCUUUUCAUUGCUUAUGCUUAACCCUCUCCUCCCACGGUCACGUAAAAUGAUUUAUUCCCUCAUUUCAAUACAUAAAUAAUUCGGUACUAACUCCCGCUAAAAAAAAAUGUUUACUUAAGUAAAUAUAAAUUGUUUGAAAACUUCUGCGACUGAACGCAAAUAUAACAUUGUCCUACUCAACUGGCGAGAUAACAGGAUAGUCUAAACAAUAAUAAUGAUAAUUGUGAAAAAGAAAA